AUGUCACACCCCACCUCUGGCCAGUCCCCCUCGGGCUCCGUCCCUUCCCAACCCCCCAAAUCAGAAGCAUACAAUGCCGGUGCCAAUGCCAACCCCAGCGCCGCCCCAAUGCACCUCCGACAUCCCAUGACACGCAACCUCUCCGAGUUCGCGGUAGGCGACACACCCCUCGCAACGGCCUCUCCCACGGCUAACGCCCCUGGGACUGACUACCUCACCUGCCGCCGCAACCCUUACAACGAGGCUUCUGGCAAACCCAUGGCGGGGUCCCUCGGGCGAGGCGUUCACGGCGGAAAGCCCACUAGCGAGCGGGAGAGAAGAGCUACACACUACGAGGGCGAGGGUGGGGAGGCGGUGCAGAACGAGAAUGAGGAUGCUCAGGGCAAGAUGGAGACUUGUGGCGAGGGCAAGGUUGCUGAUGCGGUGGAACGCACGAGACGUAGGGAUACGAGUGGCGAGCCGCAUGGGCGAGUGAGGGGGGAGGUGAGCUUCUUGGGGGAGGACGGCGAUUUGGAGAGGAUGAAGGCAAGGCAGGAAGUCGAGCGGACGCAGAUCAAGAAGAUGAGGGAGAGGGGGGAGGAUGUAGAUGGUCGGGGCGGAAAGGAGGAGAGGAAGCCGAGUGUGGAAGUUUAA